UUGAAGCUCCAUCUGUUGUUGCGAUUGCGGUAACGUUAUCGAGUCCGAUAAAACAUUUGCUUUAACAUUACAUAAUGGAGAAAAGAAGAAAAUAAUACGACAACAUUUUACAAAAGUCAUAUUUGGUUCCAUUUUAGGCUUUCAAAAAGUCAUUAAAUUAGCUUUUUGGGGAUUCGUGCGUGUUUCGGAAACAAGCGGGAAAGUGUGCUAGUAGCACACGUCGUGGAGUGUUAUGCGGGUGCGGUUGUGUUUUCAGUUCUCGCAAAAUAUAUAAAAAUAGGUAUUCGAUAUUGACCUUCCACAGGUGCUGUCAAGAUUUGCCAAUUAUCUAUGUUAUUGAAGGACAAAGUUAUUGCUAACAAACGUGCUUGACUCAAGUGGAGUGUCUAAAUGAACUGUCAGAUUAGGUAAAUGCCACUGAGACUUCGUCGACAGUCAGUGAAUUGCUCUACACGUCCGAUUUGCCGUUGUGGAUCUCCGCCAUGCCGCUGUUGCAUAAGAAACCCUUCGUGAAAAAGCCUAUUCCAGUCGGCGUUUCUCCUAACGACAAAGUCUUCUUUUGCGAGCUUACCAAUGAAGCAUUUCUUGACUACGAUGAAUACUGGGAGCGUUUGGUACUGUGCAAUGCUAUGGUGUGGACUUGUGAAAUUACAUCAAGACCAAACCUCACCUACCAAGAGGCCCUGGACUCAGAAGCCAAAGGCCUCAAGUUCAUUACCAGCAUCUCACCUGCAUUAAGGACUCCUCUACUGUACCUGGCAUCAUUGACACGGAGAGGCCGACAGGCUGACGUCAGUGAAGAUGUUUUCAAUCAUUGCCGUGAUAGGUAUUUCCCUGGGGAACCGGUUGAAGCCAUUGUCAAUAAACACUGGUAUGACUGCAAGGUGAUACGAGUUAUAUACCCCACUGCUCAAGAAAUUGCAUGGUAUGAAGAAUCAAUGGCUGAUUCUGAGGAUGAUGUUCAAGCUGUUGUAAGUGAGGGUUCAAGUACACCCAUGAAGAAAAAAGCCAUUUCAGAUCCUCUGGAUCUAGAUGGCUCAGAGUCCAAGCCUAUUUGUCUUGAUGACGAUGAAGUUAGCAAUGCUGACUCGGACAUACAAGUUAUAGGACUCAGGACGCCUUCGAAGAACAAGCAAGUUGAUCCCAGCUCACCUGAAAAGAAGGAUGACUACCCACCCUAUGCCACCUUCAAGUACGAGGUUGAAGAAGUGCUUGCCUGGGAUUAUAAGACAUGUCAGCGGCACAUCGUUUCCUGGGAGCAGAUCAGGCGCAGUAAGAAUGUCUUUACGCGCGAGAAGUGCAAGCUGUUCCUCAAAAUAGCUACUGAACUCACACCUCUUGGAUACUGGCAGCUCAAGCCUGACAUCGCACGCAAGUACAAGAUCAAGUUGCUGUCUUAUAAGGAUUUUUUCCCUGGCAAUGAGCCCAAGUUUGUCGAGUCCAAGAGCAGAAAAUUAUCGAUGAGCCUCAGUCCAAGAGGUCAUGAAGCUCAGCUCAAACGGCAGAAGAAAGAAAAGAAAGAGUCGAGUUUGAGAGAGAAAAAGGAAGAAAAAUCAAAGAGCAAUGGUGAGGACAAUGCUAAUAAGAAACGAGGACGUCCAUCGAUUUCUGGCGAGGAGAAACUGUCACGUAAACUUGAACGGAUCAAGACCAAGCAAACUGAACUGAACUUUGCCCCGAGCAAUGCGCCUCGUCUGACAGCAGAAGAAGCAGAGAAGAAGAGAAUGGAGCAACAAAAAAUAAUAGAGCAACGUGAGCAGCAUUUUGCCGAGAUGAAAAAUAUGCUCAGACUCAGAUUGGAGAAGGAAAAGGCUGAAAAGAAGCAGGAACGAGACGUGAAAAAAGAACAGCGGCGGUUGAUUGCGUUGGAGAUGAAGGAGUGGCAGAAGCCAAAAGAGGAUCUCACUUGCGGCAAUCACAAGCCUCUGCCUGUGCCCGCGGCCGUCGCAUGUGGAGUCCCCAAUCAUUUGUUCGGCAGCUUCGUCUCGUUGUUGGAAUUCCUGACAUCAUUCUCUGACGUGCUGGAGCUGCACGACGUCUACCCGCAUGGCAUCUCGUUCGAGAUGCUCGAGAACGCCAUCGUCACUAAGGAGGUUGCCGGAGUGUUCAAUGACGUUGUUCAGUUGCUGCUCGGGGCCGUCUUCAGUUUACAAGAAGAAGAAGCUGAGGAGAUUACGGCUGAUACUACAAUUGAUGCUUCCUUAGGCGCUGAAGGAGGAGCAGUCGAGAACGACCAGCGCGCGGCUGCCGUCAAGUUUGCUAGCCUGGCUUCUCGCUUGCCAAGCCAGAAUCACAGCACCAGCCUUCAUCAGCUGCCCCUGGACGCCCUCACCCUCACUGAGGUGGUCAGGCUGCACAUCCUUGCUUCUGGAGCCGACAACAACGCCAACUCUCAGUGGAGGCACUUCAAUCGUGGAGGAUACAAGCACUUGGAUGAUCCUGGUCUCCAGUUUAAACUUGACGAGCCUCAGAUUGUCAAAGAUUUGGCUGUGCGAAGCAUCUUUGACUGUCAUAUUGAGGAGAAGCUGAAGAUACUGCAGCUUUUGAUGCACCAGAUCCUGACGUACGCCAGCGUGCGUGACAGGCUCGAGGAAGCGUUUGACAAAAUUAGGGAGGUUAAAACAGCCUUACGUGAACACCAAACCUUGCAUCGCAAUGCCGAGCGCGAGGACCACGCGGCCCGUAUGUUGAAGAAAAAAGAAAUUCGUCAAAAGAAAUUGAAGAUUCCUGGAGCUGCAUCUGACGCUCAGGCUAAUGGAGAAGAACCUGAAGAUGAGGAAGAGAGAAAAGAAAGGGAAGAAAAGCUUGAGAAAAGCCGCGAGAAGCGUAAACAAGAAUAUUCAAAGAAGGAAGUGGAGCUACUGGACCAGCUGAUGACAUUGUCAGCGAAGUCGAAUCCAAUUCCUCUUGGAAUGGACAGAGCGUACCGCCGCUAUUGGGUCUUCUCCUCAUUGCCGGGCCUGUUUAUAGAGGACGAUAAUGCACAUCCUGGCACAUGCUAUGAUGUGGCCACCAAAGACAUCUGCGAUGUGCCCCCGGAAGAAUGUAAGGAAACUCUAGCUCGUCUUCUACUUGAGGCAAAGCAGAUCGUAGCACCUGAAGAAAAUAUUGAAGAAAAAGCCAACACAAGUGAUAAGGAAAAUGACAUAAGUGCUCUUGCUUCGCCCCAUGUGAAUGGAUCGCUUGCUAGCCCGUCAGCUAGCAAAGGAAUUUCUGACAGUGUUGCCAACACCAUCACACGAGUAAUACACUCUCCGUUGACAUCUUCAAAAGCUCAGAAGUUGCUUACGCCAUCGAAUUCGGUGACCAAUGGCUCCCCCAAAAGUUCAUCAAAACUCUCUCAAGUUGGAGCUGUUGGCUCGCCCAAAAGUGCUCUGAAAUCUUCCAAAGAUCAAUCCAUUACAAAGUUCUUCUCUAAAUCUCUUAAAAGCCCGGCAGUUAAUGGUGAGACUAUUUCAACUGACGCAUUGAAAACUAAAACCAACCUUGAAACUGACGCAAAAGAUUCGUUUGCACAGUCGGAAGCAACCUCUUCAACUCAGGUCACAGAUUCUAAGAUCCAACUGAGCAAUGAGGCCGAAAUCAAACAUUCUUCUGAAGAUAUUAAAUCAGAGCUUGAAAUUUUUGGCCUUUGUACAGCCAAUCCAGAGACUUGUCCUGUUCACACUCAAAAUAACAAUAGACCGAAGUGGUCAUUUUUCCACAAGGAAGAAGAUAUCCAAGCGCUCAUUGAUGGCUUGAACGAGAGAGGCGAAAGAGAAAGUGCCCUCAAGCAUAAUCUUAUUCUCUUUAAGAGUAAAAUCGACGUUAACAUCAAAAAUUGCCCCGUGUUUAUCCUCAACCCUACUGAGGACACCGAGCAUGAUAUUGUCGUAAGGAAGUCAAAGAGGACGGGAGGCAAGAAAGGUGGUGAUGGAGAUACAAACCUGAACUUCCCCAUCGGCACUCCUAUUGAUCGCAUUUUGGAGCUCACCUUGAGGGACAUGAUAUUGGAAGUUGAAGAGAAACUCUUCGUUGGAGUUCUGGGCAGAUUGCAGGUACCUGAUCGCAACCUUUGGCGCGAGAGUGUCAUUGGAGAAAGCAGUGCAAAACUUGAAUGUGACAAACUUAGCUGGGGUGGAAAGGCAAGAAUAGCUCAAUUCAAGGCAGAUAUAGGCUUGGAAACAGGCUCGAAUUCAUGUAGCAGCACAAACACCAGUGGUGAUGAAAUCGCCCUUGAAGACGCGACGCGGAAUAGCGUUGUGCGUCAGCUGGCUACUGCUUUGUUGCAGGUUGCUCAGAGUGUUGAUGUAAAAUACCUGAAACCGCCUCUUGCAGAGACUGAUAAAGCCAAGAAAAAAAGAACCAAAGCAGAAAAUAGGCUGCGCAAACUCGUUGAAAAGAGAGAUAAGGAAAGAGAAGAGCAACAGAAGUUAGAGAACGGUGCCAAUUCAGAUGAUUCUGAUUCUGAAUCGGAAAUGGGCGAUUCUCAUGGUAUCAGUUCAAUAUCAGAUAACACCUUGAGAUUGCCCCUUGAGCGCUGGGAGUUAUCUCUGAUGUCCAGUGUUAGCUUUUCACAGGUUUUCUUGCACUUGGCAACUCUUGACAAUUCUGUUACUUGGUCGCGAUCCUUGACAAAGACACGAUGUCGCAUUUGUCGUAAAGGCGGUGAUCACGAUAAAAUGCUUCUGUGUGACGGAUGUGACAAGGGUCACCACAUAUACUGCCUUAAGCCAAAGCUCAAAUCCAUCCCUGACGGGGACUGGUUUUGUGACAUAUGUAGACCAAAAAUAAAAGCCAAAAGCCCUAAAAAGAAUCGAACCAUAUACGUAGAAGACGACGACGAAGAAGAGGAAGAUGAUGACACUGAGGAAGAAGAACUUGAUAUUGAAAAGAAUGGAGAUGCAGAGGAAGAUUUUGAAGCGGCCGGUCAGGAAGACGAGGAAGAGGAAGAUGGUGGAUUUGAAGAUGAUGUUUGUGAUGCAUGCCGCAUUGGUGGCACCCUCAUCCUGUGCGAUACUUGCCCUCGCUCUUUCCAUCGCGAGUGCGCCGCGCUCAAGAAGAUCCCGCGCGGCAACUGGAGCUGUCCUGAAUGUACUGCACCUCAGAUUGAUCGGACGAGAAAGACCAAAAGCGACGACAAGUCUUCCAAGCAGAGCACAGAGGAAGGGAAAAGCAAGCGAGUCAUUGAAGGCAAGGGAACGAAGUCCCAGGCGGCCGGUGAGCGCGCCAGCAACAGACGCAGUGCUCCCAGUAGCCCUGAAACUGACGAAGAUGAGAUCAGCUUUUCCAAGCGGCGUCGUGCUCACAGCAGGAGUCCGAGCGAGGAAGUCGAAGUAAGGACGACGUCUAAACGCAAGCGAUGUGAGAAGCCAAGCGAAGGCACUGCGUCUAAUGGCAACAGCAAAAAGACCAGAAAAGGCAACGCGUCUGACUUGCACUUCACUGCCCUGCAAACCCUUCUUACUGAUGUCACUCGGCACGAUGAUGCCUGGCCUUUCCGUAAGGCCGUCAACAAAAGACAGGUUCCUGAUUACUACCAAGUUGUGAAGAAGCCCAUGGAUUUGCAGACAAUGAAGGAGAAGCUUGUUGGUUCUGAGUACUCGACGGAUGCAGAAUUUUUGGCAGAUGCUCUUCUGAUUUUCCAGAACUGCCAGCAGUACAAUAUGGAAGACACAGACGAAUACUUAGCAGGAGUAAACCUUGGCAAAUACUUCAAGAAACGCGCUCGGAAACUAGGGCUUGAUAUCGACACUGAUCAUGAUGAACUACCCCCUUCCAAAUCCAAGAAAUUACCUGGAGUCAAGAAGAAACGACAGGCCAUUUGAUGAUAGGGGAUCGCGAUGUGAUUGCUCUGAAAAUGGAUUAUCAGGGGAACAAUUUUGAAUGUAUUUCAAUCGAACAAAUGUUUGUUAAUUUUAAGUGUGUGACUCGUUGCAGGCUAACUGUUGUUUCAUAGUUGCAAAUGAAUCCACGUGAUCUUUUUUUUUCUAUUCAAAAUGUCAAGUUUCACAUGCGUAUUUUGUUUCAACAUCGGCCGAGUUGGCAACAAUUACUGAUCGCAUUUUCCUUUGAACUUUAGAUAUUUACCGUUCAGCUAGCUGUUCAUUCGAUGCCGAGCUUGUUUUAAACGUGUCGACUUUGUCGAAGAGAAAUUUUGAAAAAAAUUAAUGCAUAUUCUGUCGUAACAGGUCGACAUGCCCGUAUCAUAAUUCAAUUGUAUCACGGUAAAUAUAUUUAGCACCUUGAUUUUGAGUUGAAAUACUUAGGGGCUUUCUUCAUUCAUCCUGACCUGAAAAUAUUUUGCUAAUUAAUGUGUAGACUGAUUGCUUGGUCAAUAUUAUCCUCGUGUGCCACUGGUACUCUUUAAAGUCAUCAGUGUCAAAUGCCUUUGUACAUUCAGGGAUUUGAUCUCUCUCUGUAGUUUCACAUAUCAGGAGGAUGGGUUGCAUGUUGUCUUUGCAGCGUUAUUUAUAUUUUGCCUUUCUUGCCAUGCAAGGAUCAUACACAGCGCAUAGAAACUAAACCUGGUGUUUAUUCGCUCAUUCAGGCACAACUGGUGCAAGCGAAGUGUAAAUCGGCAGAGCUUCAGAAAGUUAAUUUUCUAUUGGGAAAUCGUUGAUGUAUAUAAUUAAUGGAAUUUCUCGUUACGGGUUGCACAAGUGUGUAUCGACGUAUCGAUGUGUAGAUAUAUACAAUGCUCUGGCUUCAUAAUUUUUCUGUAAAUAUAGUAAAAUCUCGUGUAAAAGUUGUCCGCGUAGUUUCAAGCAGCGCGAGAGCCACGUAAUGUUGAAAAAGUUGCCGAUUGAAUACCUGCAAGCCGAUAGACGAUGCAGUUGGUAGGCGUUAUCAUUCCAGCUCAGUUGUUUCAAUCAAGAUGCCGCCUAAUUAUUAUUGGGAAAUUUUUGUCGGCUUCACAUAAUAAACUACUUUCAUUUCAUUAAUAAACAAAAAUAUUUGUCGAGGGAAUAUUUAUUUCCAGAUUAUCAAAUGAUAGCGUCUCGGAAAGAACAUAUUGUACCCGAAUUGUAUUCAAUUGUUACAAGGAUGGCGAACUUGUUUAUUUUAAGCUUGCAAAAUAUGUUGUGGUGUCUUGGUUUGCUGAUCAACUUUGACCGUGGCGGGAAACUGGAAAGACCCUAAUUAUUCUAGUUUUCGAUAGGUCAAAUAAUGUAUAGACCGCACGAAUUCACGGCUUGAGUGACAUUAUUGCAAUUUUCGAUAAACUAGGUGGGAAAUGAGAGUUAAGAGUUGAAUAUCAAGGAUUUUAUGACGAUUUUUUUUCUUAUUUCUUAAUGGUUUCACUUUGCGAGCAUCUCUUUAAGCAUUUUCAUCAUGAAGAUGCUUUAACCGAUUGUCGAUCUUAGACAUUUACUUAUGAAAUACAGCGUACCAGCGGUAAAUUUCAAUACAGUUCAAUGCAUAUCAACUCUUCAAGUAAUAUUUACCAUACUCCUACCUGACCAUUUGAGCUGUUGAUCUCUUAUAAUUGUUAAUCGAGGUUCAAAUCAAUGUUAGUGAAUGAGUAUUAAUGGUUUUGUCCUAAUGUACCUAAUUGGAUUAAUUUUUCUUUUGUUGACUUACCAUUGCUUCAAACACCGCUCGAGCCCUGUACACUUGCAAAUACAGGAUAGGAUGUAUUGGUCAUAUAUUUUGUGUAUCUUGGUAUUAAAGCAAGAAUAAUAA